AUAUUUUGAGAUUGGAUGCAUAGAAAUUGGCUGAAAUUUCCCGACAGCAAGAUCUCCGAUUAUGUUCUGGAGCUGCCGGGGAACGCAGCGAGGGACAACAAGAAGAACAGGAUAAACCCGAGGCAUCUUUGCUUGGCGAUAAGGAAUGACGAGGAAUUGGGGAAGCUGCUCCACGGAGUCACCAUCGCGAGCGGUGUAGUUCUUCCGAACAUCAACCCGGUGCUUCUUCCCAAAAGAUCUGCUGCAUCGCAAACUGAGAAGCUUGAGAAAGCUAAAGCUGCCAAAUCUCCCAAGAAGGCUUAAAAAAAUGCUUUAACUGUUGCGGAUGCUGCGUUUGUUAUAUCGAUGUAGAAAAAGAACGACUUGUUUUUUUAGGGAUUGUGUAGGUUGCUUUCUAUGUUUUACUCUCUGUUUGUGGUUUGUUUAUGGGAUCCAAUGGCAAGAUUAUUUGUUACA